AUGCAAAUGAGCACUAAGUUCAUCAAGAAAAGAUUGGAGAUAGGUAAUGGUCAGCUGGUUAAAAGAAUGUUUCUAGUACUAAUAUGUUACUCUUCGUUCAUCAAUAAGUUUUUGGAUGAAGCAGGACAUGGAUCAACGGUGGCCUUAAAUACUUACGAAAAAACUUCCACACGAUUAUGUAAAUGGUAUAGUUGGAGCAAAACGGUUGAUGUCAGAAAGUUGGCACAAAACUUGUGUAAAAAUUUCCAACUCGCACUUAGCACUCUAAAAAAACAAAAAGUAACACAGACUUUAUGCGGGAUAUUUCUUACACUAAAUGAAAAAGUAAUAACCUGGUAUAUCGGACUGCUAACCUACUAA